AUGUACCGAUUAUUCAAUCGAUCUGUGAUAAGACCUUUUGCUCAGCAAAGACGUUGCUUAUCAAUUCAUGAGUAUCGUUCUGCUGACUUGCUUCGUGCUUAUGAUGUACCAGUUCCUCGUGGAGGUGCUGCCGAUAGCCCAGAGGAGGCAUAUAAAAUCGCCCAGAACUUGCAUUCAGAUGGUCUAGUAAUAAAGGCUCAAGCAUUGACUGGUGGUCGUGGAAAAGGUCAUUUUGAUUCUGGUCUACAAGGCGGUGUCAAGUUGGUUUCGACUCCAGAAGAAGUACGUGACUUGGCAGGCCAGAUGUUGCAGCACAAUCUGAUCACUAAACAAUCCGGCGCCGCAGGUAAACUUGUUUCCGCUGUGUAUGUUGUUGAACGUAAGGAUGCAGUUCAUGAGGCUUACUUGGCUAUUCUGGUGGACAGGGUUUCUCAGAAGCCUGCAAUUGUUGUUUCAUCGCAGGGUGGUAUGGAUAUAGAAGGUGUUGCUGCUAAAGAUCCUAGCGCUAUCAAAACUUUCCCAAUUGACUUGAAAACUGGUGUCACCGAUUCAUUGGCGGCCGAAAUUGCCUCCAACCUAGGUUUUUCUCCUGAGGCACAGGUCAAUGCCCAAGAUUCCAUUAAGAAAUUGUACCAAAUCUUCAUGGAGAAAGAUGCUACUCAGAUCGAAAUUAAUCCAUUGUCAGAAGUCUCAGGCAAUGAAGUACUUUGCAUGGAUGCUAAGUUUGGAUUUGACGAUUCCGCAUUAUUUAGACAUUCUGAUGUGGAGUCGUGGAGGGACCCCACACAGGAGGACGCUGAUGAAGUGGAGGCUGGCAAAUGGGGCCUUAACUUUAUCAAGCUUGAUGGUAAUAUAGGUUGUCUAGUAAAUGGUGCUGGAUUGGCAAUGGCCACAAUGGAUAUUAUCAAACUUUAUGGAGGUGAACCUGCUAACUUUUUAGAUUGCGGGGGAGGUGCUACUCCAGAGUCUAUUGAGAAGGCCUUUCGCUUGAUCCUCACGGAAGAUAAAGUCAAGGGAAUUUUUGUCAACAUUUUUGGCGGUAUUGUUCGUUGUGAUUAUGUUGCGCAGGGUCUGAUUGCAGCCACAAAGUCGCUCGAUUUAAGUAUCCCUGUUGUUGUCAGACUUAAUGGUACCAAUCUUUCUCAAGCUGAAAAAUUGAUUGAAGAGUCGGGUCUUAAACUGUAUUCUUUCAAAGAUUUAGAUCCUGCUGCUGAGAAAAUUGUUGAACUAACAAAAUGA